GACGGGUAUGUUACCAUUGCAUCGCAUUUACCAUGCUACAAAAUCAAGCGCUUCAUUCAACAAAACUUGGUGUCGAAGUUGUGAAGUUGUUGGGAAGACAUUGGAAGAGAUGCGAGCAGUGUGCUGAUCGUCAUCUCCGCUCUCUAGUGUUUGCGAGAACUGCCGCCUCGCCGAUGGCAACGUCUUCUCCAUGCCCAUUACCCUCGAUGCCUCCCAGCAAACCAUCGACGACCUCAAGCUUAAGGCCGGCGCUCGUGUCACCCUUCGUGAUUUCCGUGACGACCGCAAUCUGGCCAUCCUGACCAUUGAGGACAUCUACCGCCCUGACAAGACGAAGGAAGCCAAGCUGGUCUUUGGCGGUGAUGAGGAGCACCCUGCCAUCAAGUACCUGAACACCAAGGUCCAGGAAUUCUACAUUGGUGGAAAGCUCGAGGCUGUCAACAAGCUCAACCACUACGACUAUGUCGGUCUUCGCUACACUCCCGCGGAAUUGCGCGUCCACUUUGACAAGCUCGGCUGGACCCGAGUUGUCGCUUUCCAGACUAGAAACCCCAUGCACAGAGCUCACCGUGAACUGACUGUCCGCGCUGCUCGUGCCCGUCAGGCCAAUGUCCUGAUCCACCCCGUCGUCGGUCUGACCAAGCCCGGUGACAUUGACCACUUCACCCGUGUCCGUGCCUACCAGGCUCUCCUCCCCCGCUACCCCAACGGCAUGGCCGUUCUCGGUCUCCUGCCCUUGGCCAUGCGUAUGGGUGGUCCCCGUGAGGCCAUCUGGCACGCCAUCAUCCGUAAGAACCACGGUGCCACUCACUUCAUCGUCGGCCGUGACCACGCUGGUCCUGGUAAGAACUCCAAGGGCCAGGAGUUCUACGGCCCCUACGAUGCGCAGCACGCCGUCGAGAAGUACAAGGACGAGCUUGGUAUCGAGGUCGUCGAGUUCCAGCAGGUCACCUACCUGCCCGACACCGAUGAGUACCGUCCCAAGGACGAGGUUCCCGCUGGCGUCAAGACCCUCGACAUCUCCGGCACUGAGCUCCGCAACCGCCUGCGUACCGGUGCCCACAUCCCCGAGUGGUUCUCCUACCCCGAGGUUGUCAAGAUCCUGCGCGAGUCCAACCCUCCCCGCUUCAGCCAGGGUUUCACUAUCUUCCUUACCGGUUACAUGAACUCCGGCAAGGACGCCAUUGCUCGUGCUCUUCAGGUCACCCUGAACCAGCAGAGCGGUCGCUCCGUCACCCUGCUGCUCGGUGACACCGUCCGCCACGAGCUCUCCUCCGAGCUGGGCUUCAGCCGCGAGGACCGCCACACCAACAUCCAGCGCAUUGCUUUCGUUGCCGGUGAGCUGACCCGCGCCGGUGCUGCCGUUAUCGCGGCCCCCAUCGCUCCCUACGAGGAGUCCCGCAAGGCCGCCCGUGACGCCGUCACCCAGGGUGGUGGUAACUUCUUCCUUGUUCACGUCGCCACCCCUCUCGAGCACUGCGAGAAGACCGACAAGCGCGGUAUCUACGCCAAGGCUCGCCGCGGCGAGAUCAAGGGCUUCACUGGUGUCGACGACCCCUAUGAGGCUCCCUCCAACGCCGAUCUCACCGUCGACGUUUCCAAGCAGAGCGUUCGCAGCAUUGUGCACGAGAUCAUCCUCAUGCUCGAGAGCGAGGGCUACUUUGACCGUAACUAAAUUAGCUUAGCGUAGGCGCUUUCGGAAAACUUUUGUGAUUUAUUUUUCUUGUAUCAGGGUAUCAUGUGGAAUACAGGCAGGGCUUGUGAGAUCCAGGGUGAUUUAGAAGGACCAUUGUCUAUAGAGAUUAUUGACUUUGAAUAUUAUUAUUGAUUCCCCCAUAGUAA